AUGUCUAUGGCAUCGCCUACAGCCAGCGAAGAGGGCGCAGGCAGCGGUGAGAUCGCAUACAGAUUUUGCCAGGAAUGUUCGAACCUGCUGUACCCUCGUGAAGACCGAGCUAUGAACAAACUCCUCUACAUCUGCAAAUCCUGCCACUCCGUCCAAGAACACGAAUCAGCCUGCACAUACCGACAGAAUCUGAGUGAAGCUGCGCAAGAGUCUAUGGGAGAAAAGGCCUAUGUCGCCAAUGAUCCAACUGUGGGUAACCCCUCUCCCACCGACGAUGAAGACGACAUGGUCAUGUGCACAAUGUGUGGACAGUGUUUGAGGUGCUCGAAGUGUGGGCUACCAAACAACAAUGAGUCUGAAGAGGAUCAGACGCAAUCCUCUCAACCUGAACAACGUGGCUAUUGA